ACUUCAAGUCUCUACAACUUUCGGUAAGUAAGUAAACCUUUUAAUUCAAACAAUGUUAUUUGUAUAUAACAUUGCACUAUUCCAACAUGCUCAUUGUCACUUUAUGCUUUUAUUUUCUAUAUUUUACUUACCUUUAAACUAACCAUUUAAAAUAAUUAUAACCACAGACUAUAACCCUACUCUUACUCUUAUAUUAAAAGGAAGAAAAAAGUAUACCUAUCUUUAUCAUACACGUAGAAGCGAUACCGUCUAGGCAGUCGCUACAAAGCAAGAAGUUUCGAUAAAUAAUGUCGCUUUUAGGCAACCUUUCUUCUGAACAUAGUACAACAAGCGACAAAAUGGCAACAAAGCUUGAACAUAGUUAAACCCCAUUUUCGAUUUUCGCGAUCCUGCUGAGAAACCUGUGACAGCUUGCAAUCGAAAAUUCGCGUUUGCCGUUCGUUGAAUUUUUGCAUUCAUUCUUUAUUUUAUUUAGAACAUUUAAAGGGCCCGUAAAUUUUGAUACAGAAUGUUUAAAAAAAGAAAAAAUAGUUAUUUGUGGAAUUUUUAUUCUGAAUUAUAUAAUACAUUUGCAAAAUGCAAUAUUUGUGCAGUUGAGCUGUCUUAUAGAACCAGCACAACGAACUUAAGACGGCAUAUGCAAUCAAAACAUCCAACUGUAUCGUUAAAUCCUGAUUCAGGCAACAGCAAUAAUCUAGAUGGUAUUUUGUUUUUAGAGGAGGACAGCGAUUCAUCAUCAUCCAAAAACGAACUCGAUGAUACAUCAACACAAAAUACUGCAGAUGAUUCAGAAACAUUCUUCCAAGAUAUAGAUGAUACCGGUGAAGACACUGAAACCCUGCCCAAAACUAGCCAAAAAGAACAAAAUCCCGAACAAGAAAUCAUUAAUAAUAACAGCUCAAACGAAAAUUCUAAAUCAAUAAAUAUGUCGUCAGUAUCUUCUGGACCAUUAAAACCUGAGUCAAGAAAUACAUCAUCAGAAUCUGCUGGACCAUCAAAAACUGAGUCAAGAAAUAUAUUUCCAGCAUCUCCUGGACCAUCAUCCACUGAGCGACAGAAGAUAUUUAAGUCUCCUAAAGGAAAAAGCACCUAA